GCUACCCGGACGCAUUGUUCCUGUGUGUCUUCAUUUAGCUGAUUCUACUCAAAGUGACCGGACGCAGGGACGCAGCGCAAGAAAGAUCGUCAAGAUGUUCAGUGCAUGGCAAAAUUGGUGGGAUAAACAGCGCAAUAAGUGUAACAAAUUCGGAUGGAAUAGUUGCGUACAGCCCGAAAGGGCAGCAUCGACCGAAUUUGCUUUUACUCAGCACACAAACUGGGCCCAAGAACCGGCGCAUCACGACAGUCUCCCGAGACGUGUGUUUGGUAAUUUCCGAUCGGAAAAGAACGAAAGCGAAGUGUUGGAACAAAUGGCGUUGAAACGCUUGCUGAAAGAACAUGGACUGUAUAACAAGCAUCAGACGAUACAGCAACGCCGGCGACUGAAGUAUCUUCUGGCACUGGAAGAGCGUGCCAACAUGCUGCUGGUCAGCGAGGGGCGUGCAACUGGUUCCACCAUGCCCUGCGACACCGGUCAUCCGACAUUUUUGAUCGAGCUUCAUUCUGUGCCGUUCGCUGCUGAACACCACGGAACAACAUCGAAAGGCAUCCGGCGAUGCGAUCCGGUUGCCUCGCCAGAAUUACGCCGUGGUUCUUCGCUAUCGGCACUCGCAUCAUCUGACGCGAACACUCGUUCCGAUGAAAUGACUAUUUCGCUGCCGACCAUCAUGCACGACGCUGCAAAGGAUGCGGUGAAAUCCAGUUGUCUGAAAACUGUGUCCUGGAAAACUUCUGCUUCGAGCGCGGCAUCAACGAUUUUGGAAACAGCAGUGUAGAAAUGGUGAACAGGCGGAAGGGUUGUUUUUUUCUUCUCCUCAAGUUUAUCUUAAAUAAGUAAGGACAUUUAGGUUAGCUACAAAUGUACUCUAUUGCAAUUUUCGCAGUAGUACGUUGUGGCUGGCAGGAUUAUAAGGCGUACAAUAAAUUAUAUUUUCCUGCGAAGGAAAAUCGGAUCACACUGCAAUUGCACUGUGGGAAUGUUGACAUCAUAUUCGGAAGGAAUCAUUCCGAUCCGGGCUUAUGAUCACACAUUUUUGAGGUUAAAAAAACAGUAAAUAAUUGUUUUCAUUUGUUCAAACAUGAAAAAGCAAAAGUGUGCCAUUCGCUGUACGCGAGUCCUUCCAAUGCCAUUUUCGCUUAAUUUAACAAUAAAAAGCUACACGAAGCAGACACGCCGAU